AUGGACGGCGAGAGCGAAGUGGAUUUUUCUAGCAACAGAUUAACCCCUUUAUGGCGGAGGCGGUCGACCCCUGAGCCCCAGCUGCUGGCCCGGAGCAAACCGAGGCCCCAGUCCUACCAGAGCCCCAGCGGGUUGCUGAUCACGGAUUUCCCGGUGGAGGACCUGGGGACCCUGCCCGCGGUGCAGGCUCCCGCCCAGCUGCCCUCCUCGUCGGACGGCAGGACGGUGCAGAGGAGCCCCCUCCUUCUUUGCACCCAUCGAGGGGCGGUGACCAAUGGGCGGACAAUCUCUCCGGAAUACAGAGCUGCUUCUCCUCGACCCCGACGGUGCAAGUCACCGCAGGUCCACAAGGUGGUCCCCGGAGGCUCCCCGAAGACCCCAGCGAGUGGCAUGGUGAUCCCGCCGGCACCACUGCGCACCCCGCGGACUCCUACAGUUCCCGCGCCCUGCAGCCCCGAGGACCCCACUGGAGUGACUGCCAACAGGGUGCCUUCACCCACUAUCAACGGUCUUGCCUCUAAAAUCGAUUCCUCUGGCUUCCCUUCUCAGUUUGCGCAGACGGCUAAGGACUCAGAACAGGGGCCUUUGGGACUCUCUAAUGUGCCCCAGAAAAGGUCUUCAGAACAAAACCUCUCCCUUCAAAGGCUGCCCUCACAGGAGAACGAACUACCUGAAAACCCUUCUGUGGUUUUGAGUACAAACAGCCCUGCUGCCCUCAAAGUGGGGAAACAGCAGAUCAUUCCGAAGAGUUUAGCUUCAGAAAUUAAACUAAGUAAAUCGAACAGUCAGAAUGUGGAACCCCACAAGAGACUCCUCAAGGUGCGCAGCAUGGUGGAGGGCUUCGGAGCACCCCUAGGUCAGGCAGGGGAAGAAAGGGACGUCGACAAUGACGUGGAUAGCCCCGGGUCUCUGCGGCGAGGCUUGCGGUCCACAUCCUACCGCAGGGCCGUCGUCAGUGGCUUUGAUUUUGACAGCCCGAACAGCUCAAAGCAGAAGAACAGGAUGUCCCAGCCGGUCCUGAAAGCCGUGAUGGAAGACAAGGAAAAGUUUUCUAGCUUGGGAAGAAUAAAGAAAAAAAUGCUGAGAGGACAAGGAACAUUUGAUGGGGAAGAAAAUGCAGUCCUAUAUCAAAACUACAAAGAAAAGGCCCUUGACAUUGACUCUGAUGAAGAGUCCGAGUUCAAAGAACAGAAGUCAGAGGAAAAAAUUGUGAUUCACCACAAGCCUCUGCGAUCCACGUGGAACCAGCUCUCUGCAGUGAAAAGAAAUGGUUUGUCUCAGACAGUAAGCCAGGAAGAAAGGAAGAGACAAGAGGCAAUCUUUGAAGUCAUAUCGUCUGAACAUUCGUAUUUGCUCAGCUUGGAGAUCUUGAUUCGAAUGUUUAAAAAUUCUAAAGAACUGAGUGAUACAAUGACCAAAACUGAGAGACAUCAUCUUUUCUCCAAUAUCACAGACGUCUGUGAGGCAAGCAAAAAAUUCUUUACAGAGUUGGAAGCAAGACAUCAGAAUAAUAUCCUCAUAGAAGAUAUAAGCGACAUUGUAGAAAAGCACACAGCAUCCACAUUUGAUCCCUAUGUGAAAUACUGCACAAAUGAAGUCUACCAACAACGAACACUACAAAAAUUGCUAGCCACCAAUCCCUCUUUUAAGGAAGUAUUGUCUCGAAUCGAGUCCCACGAAGACUGUAGGAACCUUCCCAUGAUCUCUUUUCUCAUCCUCCCCAUGCAGAGGGUGACCCGGCUUCCCCUGCUGAUGGAUACCAUCUGUCAAAAAACACCUAAGGAUUCUCCAAAGUAUGAAGUCUGCAAAAGGGCCUUAAAGGAAGUAAGCAAGUUGGUUCGGCUGUGCAAUGAAGGAGCUCGAAAGAUGGAAAGGACCGAGAUGAUGUACACAAUUAACUCCCAACUGGAAUUUAAAAUUAAGCCUUUUCCUUUAGUCUCCUCCUCCCGGUGGUUAGUGAAAAGAGGUGAGCUGACAGCCUAUGUAGAAGACACUGUGCUUUUCUCGAAGAGGACGUCCAAACAGCAAGUCUACUUCUUUCUCUUCAAUGAUGUCCUCAUUAUCACCAAGAAGAAGAGUGAGGAAAGUUACAACGUCAAUGAUUAUUCCUUAAGAGAUCAGCUCUUGGUGGAAUCUUGUGACAGUGAAGAGCUUAAUUCUUCUCCAGGGAAGAACAGUUCCACAAUGCUUUAUUCAAGACAGAGCUCUGCCUGUUACCUCUUUACUCUGACAGUCCUGAAUAACCAUGCGAAUGAGAAAGUGGAAAUGCUGCUUGGAGCGGAGACACAGAGCGAACGUGCCCGCUGGAUCACUGCCCUCGGACACAGCAGCGGGAAGCAGCCUCCAGACCGGACCUCCCUGACCCAGGUGGAGAUCAUUAGAUCGUUCACUGCCAAGCAGCCAGAUGAACUCUCCCUGCAGGUGGCGGAUGUGGUCCUCAUUUAUCAGCGUGUUGGAGAUGGCUGGUAUGAGGGGGAACGACUUCGAGAUGGAGAAAGGGGCUGGUUUCCUAUGGAAUGUGCCAAGGAGAUAACAUGUCAAGCUAUAAUCGACAAAAACGUGGAGAGAAUGGGACGUUUGCUAGGACUUGAGACCAACGUGUAACCUCUGAGAUGGCAUUUUACUGCGAGAUUUGCACGACAGGCUAGUGGACUGGUUGUACUGUUAACUUCAUCACCAUCUAUUUAACUUAAAAAAAAAAUAAAAACACUUGCCUUUAAGCUUGCCAAGAUGUUCUGAUCUCCGAAGAACAGCUAGUUAAUGCACAAACUCAGUUCUUGCAUGAUGAUCCCUUGGUGAACCUAUUCUGGUCCUCAGAGCCACCCACUUCACGGACCAGGCAGUCUCAGCACCUCCUACUUUCAUGGCAUCCUGGCAUAAUUUAUACAUAGGGCUAUGUCCUGGUUGUCUUAAUGCUCACUUUGCUAAGAAUAUUACUAUUCUCCCUUAAAUAUUUCUUUAUAUGGUUUUCCAAGUAUUAGCAAAAUUUUGUUUCUAAGGAGUACCAAGUUUUGUAAAUAUUUUUUCCUUUUUUUUUUAAACAUCUGAUUCUAAAGCUAUGUUGAGAGUUCAGAGGCGAGCUGUCAGGUUUUCCUAAAUCACUUCCCCGGAAUGGGACAUUGACACUUGAAUUUUUGCUCCCAUUUUCCUCAUUAGAUGGAAAGUAAGGAGCCUCCCUUUAAGGGUUUGUUUUUUUAAAAUCCAUCUCAUUCAAUAUUGGUCUUAGAAAAACGUAGUUUAAUAAACCUAAGCUAUUUAAACACAGAAUUUAGAUGGCUCACAUGUGUAGAAAAUCCUGAACACUGGACAGGGUCCUGAAUAUCUUUUUUAAUGUUACCAGGUGAACGGAUAAGCUGAUAAAAUACUGACAUGAGGCUGCUCCGCCUUUAAUAAUGCAGGAUUCUUACCUGUCCCCUACUUAUUUCCAAAUAGGAAAUGAGGUAGGACACUCUGUAACAAUCUCAAGAAAGGGAAAAUGCAACCUUUGAAGUUAUCCAGAGGCCAAUACAAUAACUACUUGAAAUAUUUUGAUCUUAAUAAGAAUCUGUUCUAGUUACACUUAAAAUCCUUGCUUGCUGGGUUAGAAGUCUCAACUAUCAGUAUCUAGAUAACUUUAUUUCUUCCACCAGGGCAGGUUGAGAUACCAUGUUUAAUAAUAGGUCUCAUAAGGGGCUGGGGAUUUAGCUCAGCGGCAUAAGCACCUGCCUUGUAAGCAGGCAAUCAUGAGUUAGAUCCCAGUACCGAUAAAAAGGAAAAAGACAAUAAUAAUAAUAAUAAUAAUAAUAAUAAUAGGUCUCAUAAAGAGAUAUGGUUUGGAAGACGGGGAGAGGGUAAAUGAUUUUUACUGUAUGCUCCCUCUCUGCUCUCAACGAUGGCAUAAAAGCUGGCACCCUCUAAAAUACUGUCGCACCCUGUAUCUGCUAAACAGUGAUCUGGACCGUAAGGUUACAGAAACCCUAUGCUUAGAUAAGUGUGCCUGGCUCUCAGCUGCACACCUUACCUGGCCGUGGACUGUUUUACUCUCGGACUGCUGUCAUCUACCUGAACCUCCAUGGACUUCAAAUGACAGCCCAGGCCCUGAGUGUUUUGGGAGACCUUAGAAAGUAGUGAGUAAGCAAUAGCAACAGGCCACAGCAAGGGGCCUCCUGGUGUUUGUAAAAAGAAAGUCUGCUCCUCUUUAAUAAUGUCACGAAUUUUCUAGAGCAGCAGCUAGGAAAUUGUAAUUUAAUAUAAUGUUUUAUUUACAAAGGAAGGUAAACUUGUUACUUGCAAGGCGACCAUUUUGUAUUAUUUUUGCUAAUAACUGGUUGAAGUUAGAAAAACUAUAUGAAUCCUGUGAAUUAAUUUAUAGUGCAAGUGUUAAACAGUUUUGGAAGUAUGUGCAGUUCAUAAAUCAAAGCCUUAAUUAGCAAGCAGAUUAAUACAGUUACUAAAAUAUUUCUGUACAGAAGUUAACACUAUUCACGUUUCACAUCAACCUACAGUUGUUUGUAACAUAUUUUCAAAGCUAGUUCCAUUUCUUUGAAUACUGUCUCUGAAUUGUACAGUGACUUCAUUAAUGGAAAACAAAAAUGCUGUCUUUGUUUCAAUAAACUGAGUUGCUUGUACACUUUAAAAA